AUGAGUCGUAGCUCACUGUUACUCGUGUUCUUCACGCUCUUCGGCCUCGCUGCUGCCCAAUUCCAGUUUUUCAAUGACUUUUUCGGCGGCCAACAACAUCACCAACAGCAGCAACGAACGGGGGCGUCUCAGUAUGCCGCCUUCUCCGAAAAUGUGCCCUGCUCCCACUAUCUUUGCCCAGGAACCAUGGACUGUGUGGAACGGCCUCGCGAUUGCCCCUGCCCCGACGUGCAGGAUGUAAAAUGUCUGAUUCCGGAUAUGGACAGCGACGACGACGAAGCAACGGUGGUCUGCGUACGGGGUGGCACAGACUGCUCGACAGUGGAGAAGUUGAUGAAGCGAGGGUCGUAG